GCACAGCAUUCAUCAAUGCCUUUCAAAGACAACGUUUGUUCGUUUGUUAUAAGUUCGUUGUUUUCUGCUUCCCAGUGUCUCUACAAAUCCAUAGGCAAUUACUACAAACAAGGAGCGCAUCGGCAAAGGGAGCUUCGUGACAGCUGUGCUGUGUUGGGGAUCCCAGCUUCUCAAGUCACCAUCAUAGACUGCAAGGAACUUCCAGAUGAUCCCAACGUAGAGUGGAACAUCCACGUCAUCUCCUCCCUUGUCCUGAAGCAGAUUCAAGCCAGCUCUAUUAACAUGGUCUUGACCUUUGAUGGCAGGGGAGUUAGUGGCCACGGGAACCACAUCGCCAUUUACCGGUCCCUCAGCUAUCUGGCCUCCACUGGAGAAAUACCUGACGGCUGCUGCAUCCUCUCGCUGCAGACCGUGAACAUGAUCAGGAAGUACCUCUCCGUCCUGGAGCUUCCAAUCAGCUGGCUCUGCGGGUCAGACGUCUCCUUCCUCAUUGGGUCGGAGGGGUACCGGCAAGCGAAGAGGGCCAUGUUUUGUCACCGCAGCCAGCUCCUGUGGUUUCGCCACCUCUACUUGCUGCUUUCCCGCUACAUGCUCAUCAACACAUUCCAAGUGAUCUCUCGGGAAGAGAAGGACUGGAAAAUGUAUUAGCUUCUCAUUUGGGUCACAAGUCUACUGUUCACUGCUAAGCUACUGUUACUUUGGGGCUCUUCGAGUGAUUCAUCUAUGGGCUCUGAAUCUAAGCUGUCACAGCACUAUUUUAUGUGUAAUGGGAAAAAAAGCACUGACCAUGAAUGUAUGCCGACACGUGCUGCGUUGAUUUUUACAUUUUCUAAAUACUUUUGAGGCCUUCAAUAAAAAUUUCACACAAUC